AUGUAUUCCAACUCGAUCCCCAUGGCCCCCGGCGGCUCCCUAGACGCAGUGGUCGGCGUGCUCGCAAAGCAUCGAGAUGACGACUACUAUGCAUACGAGAAUAGGGAUGGCUGGUAUCUCGGCCUCGGCAGCCACGCCUCGUUGACGGUUGGCCCAGACGGCAAAACAGCAACCAAGAUCUGCGCGGACCGGAAGACAGCGGCCCUCCCCGUCGCCGGGUCCAUCAACGACAUUGCCAGGGCCUUUGUCGCAGAGUACUCUGCUCUCGGCAGGAUCUAUGGCCAGGUCGGCUUCAACUACGCAGCCAUCAUGUCCGGCCAGGCAUACAACCCCGGCCAGUGGCCAGUGCUGGCCCUCAUGGCUCCCCGCGUCCAUGUUUCCGUAUGUCGAGACGGCAUCACCGUCUCGGGCCAUUGCGACGACGAGGCAAGGUCGGUCUACGACUUGGUCAAGUCCAGUGUCGUUGGGGGUGCCGCUUCGGCCGUAUCCACCAACUUCAUGUCGGUCGAUGUGCAGGUCGACUGCGACGACUAUGCCUCCCGAGUCGGGCGGGCCACGGCGGAAAUCAUACAAGGCAAAUACAUCAAGGCCAUUCCCUCUCGGAUAGUCAACCUUGCCGAGCGGGUCGACAUGCUGGCGACGCUCUACCACGGCCGUCGUGCCAACACGCCCGCGCGAUCGUUUACCCUGAGCCAUGCCGGGAUGCAAGCUACCGGCUUCAGCCCAGAGGUGCUGCUCUCCAUCAAGGAACAAGUCGUCGCUACUGAGGCGGUGGCCGGGACCCGGCUCGUCGAGGGGGCGGAUCCGGAGCCGGCUCGUGAUGCGCUGAUGAACGACCCAAAGGAGGUCAUGGAGCACGCCAUCGCCAUCAAGGGCUCCAUCAGGCGAUUACGUCGUAUCUGCACUCCCGAGAGCCUCGCCGUCAAAGACUUCAUGUCGGUCGUGCCUCGGGGUAAUGUGCAGCACCUCUACUCGUGCGUCACGGGCACCCUCGAGUCCGGCAAAGAUGGCUGGGAUGCUCUCCCGGGUUUGGUCGCAAAUAUUACGGUGCCGGGUAUCCCUGGACGGGGCAACAUGGAGGCCAUCGAGACCUUUGAACCGCAUCCCAGGGACAUGUACUGCGGUGCGGUGCUAAUGCUCGAGCCUGCGGCAGGAUUGUUCGAGGCGACCCUUGUGCUUCGCACCGUCUUCCAAGAUCAGCAGCGGCAAUGGCUGCAGGCUGGUGCUGGCGUCACCAGUCUCUCCAGGCCGGAACGAGAGUUCACCGAAACCUGUGAGAAGUUGGGUAGUAUUUUUCCCUAUUUGGUGGCGGAAACAAAGCCGUGGGGGGAGUUGAAAGGUUCACAUCUAGUUAAUUAA